CAGCGUUUGAGGCAGUGAGAGGACAAGGGGUGGCGUAUUUUGCGUUGAUUUCUCCUUAAAGGAGACGCAUCAUAAAGCGCAAUAGAUCGGUCCACGACGAGGCCGGGCUAAAAGGGAAAUUGACCGUAGUGACCGUCAGAGGGAGAGAUUGUAAGAGGGAAAUUAACGGGGAUGGACCCGGAGAACAGCCGGGCUGCAGCUAGUAGCACCGGGGCAAGUGGCGAGAUUGAGCUUCCUGCCGAGAAGGCCGCAGCACCAUCCCCAAUCCCCAGAGCUGUCCCGGCCCGCGGUAGAGUGCUGAGAGAACGCGGCCUGAGUCGCGUACAGACCGGUGUUUCCUCGGCAGGCCUGAAUGACUCUAAAUCAAAUACACCGGGCUCUGGACGAGUUCUACGGGACCGGUCCUCUAGGGGGGUGGUAGCUGGGAAGAACGGCGGCGGAAGCGGCAACUCCAAGGACCAGAAUGAAUUCGCUGCGGCAAAUCGUCGGAGAAAAUCCGAGUACCCGAGGCGAAGGAGAAAUGCUGGAACUCGUGUUGAAAAUUCGGGAGAGGCCGGGGAUGACGGUGGCCUAGCAGUUGGUCCUGAAGACAAAAAAGACCCUCCCCAGAAAGCUUCACGACCAUCGAGACCCCGUCGGCCCCAGCUUCAGUCCCGACAGAGGGCACCGUCGGCUCGCUGUUCCCGACCUUCGCCCACCCUUGUGUGCAAGAGCGAGCCAGACACAGAGACAACGUAUGGAGCAGUGGAUGACGUCGUGGAACGCACCUGUGCCAGUGACGAGGAGGACGACGUGCUUAUUGGUGAAGAAGACCCCCCUUUCAGAGAUGACCCAAAUGACCUGAAUUAUAAACCUGAAACAGAGAGCAGGGAGCCCCAGAAGCCGCGUCGCCGCCCCCCGCGACAGAAAGAGGAGAAGAAGGAAAAGGAGCGGGACAAAGACAGAGGGAAAGAGAUAAAAACGGAGGGAGGAGCCGAGAUGGACGUAAAGCUGGAGGACGAGUUCGGAGAGGACGCGGAGCCCCCCAGGAAGAGAGGCAGGCGGCGGAAAGACGACAAAAGUCCACGCCUUCCAAAGAGGAGGAAGAAGCCGCCUGUGCAGUAUGUGCGCUGUGAGAUGGAGGGCUGUGGCACUGUCCUGGCUCACCCACGCUACCUGCAGCACCAUAUUAAAUACCAGCACUUACUGAAGAAGAAGUACGUGUGUCCCCACCCGUCCUGCGGAAGACUGUUCCGUCUGCAGAAACAACUCCUGCGGCAUGCUAAGCAUCAUACAGACCAGCGGGACUACAUCUGUGAGUACUGCGCCCGGGCCUUCAAGAGCUCCCACAACCUGGCCGUGCACCGGAUGAUCCACACAGGAGAGAAGCCGCUGCAGUGCGAGAUCUGCGGGUUCACCUGCAGGCAGAAGGCGUCGCUGAACUGGCACAUGAAGAAGCACGACGCCGACGCCUUCUACCAGUUCUCCUGCAACAUCUGCGGCAAGAAGUUUGAGAAGAAGGAUAGCGUGGUGGCCCACAAGGCCAAGAGCCACCCGGAGGUGCUGAUUGCGGAGGCGCUGGCGGCCAACGCGGGCGCCCUCAUCACCACCCCCGCCCCCCUGCUGGAGGCGCUGCCCGGGACGGGCCAGGGGGAGCACAUGGUGGUGGUGACUGAGGAACAGAGCCUGCCCCCCAUGCAGGUGACCCUGCCCCUGGCCCUCCCCUUAGCAGGGCAGCAGAUCAUCACCUCCCACCCCCAGCAGACCCAGCUGCUGCAGCUCACUCCUCACCCCGUCCCCCCCCAGCAGCAGCAGCAGCAGCAGCCGCCCCCCCAGCUGAUUCAGCUCACCCCCGCCCCCCCGACACCCGGCCAGCUCCUCCCCCAGGGCCAGGACCUGGUCAACAGCAGGGAGAGCCUAGGGCUAGGCCCCAUCUCCCCGCCCCCGCCCGUCGGCCUCCACCAAUCGGUGAUACCGACGGGCGAAGGGGGUGGGGUUUGGGAGGGGGAGGUGGAAGGGGAGAGGCACAGGGUGGAGGACGGGGUGGUGUGGGAGCAGGAGGGAGACGGGGACCGGGAGCGGGGGGAUGGAGGGAUGGUGUGGGAGAGGGAGGGAGAGAGGGAGAUUCUACUGGAGAGUGCCGAGGUGCCGGUGACACACGGGAAUCACCACGGGCUUAUUUAGAGGAGGAGAGACGGGAUGGGUGGAGACGGAGGGGGUUGUAGGAGAGAGAGAGAGGGAGGGAGGGAGGGAUGGGAGGGAGAAGUGAAGGUGAAGAGAGAAGGGAAGAAAAAGACUACGAGAGUCAAGGCUCACAGAUCUACUUGUGUGAAGGCUUUAACAAUAUAUGAUUAUUAUGCUGUAUCUUCACAGUGAAGUACAGCACAGAUACUCACUUAGAUACCUAUACUAUUAUAUCAGGGAAUAUGAGUUUGUCAUUGUUGCUUUUUGUACAUAGAUAAUUUUAGUGCAUAUUGCAAGUCCUUUCACCCCCCUCCAUCACCUGCUGUGUGUGUGUGUGUGUUUGAGAGUGAGUGUGUGUGUGUGUGUGUGUGUGUGUGUGUGUGCGCGUGUGCAGGCAUACAUACAUGUGUGUUUAUGUUGUUUGUGAGAAUAAAUGAGAAGGCAUAUCUGUAAUGCAAGAAAAUGUUGAAAUAGAUGUCCUCUAACACCUUCUCUCUGUCAUCCUUGCCUCAACUUUCGCAGUCUCUCUCUCACUCUAGGCCGAUGUAUCUAAGGCAUUAGUACAGUAUUAAUUUACCGUGGUUUUUUAUUUAUUGUCACUUCGUCCCACAGUGUGUUAAAACAAUAGUUUUUUUUUUCUUUUUUAAAUCAAGCUGUCAACUCCACAAUUACAUUCUAAAGUCAUGUCUUAUCAAUCUUGUAAAGAAACUUGUAAUUAAGAAUGUGUGAACUUACCCUAUUUUAGUUAGGAUUUUUAUUUUAUUUUUUUCUCGUAUUUUUAAUGAACACUGCUAUUCAAACACAGCUUCCCCUGUCUCUCCCACUGGUUUGUGUGUGUGCUACAUGCUCAUGUGUUGCCCUUCUCAUCAACCCACGACGGUUUGUGGUUAAAACGCGUCUUCAUUUGGACAAAAUACCAUUAAAAAGGCGUUGCUUCUGCCCAGUUACGAACAGCAAAGUAACUUGCUGUCUUUAUAAAGGAAGCCAUAGAUUCAUAGACCUUAUAACAUUUAUGAAAUGUAUGAGGCAACGCAUUUUUAAAUGCCUGGAUAGAAUAGGUAUUAGUGCAGUUAUGAGCUUGUGUUAUUUGCAGAUUGCAGAAUAAAAACAUUCAUGGAUAUGACCAUCAGUGAAGACUUCUGUCCCAGCAUGGUAGCCUGUUGAAAGAAAGGAUUAGAUGUUGAUGGAGAAAUUAAUAAACUUGACAGGACCCUACACUGGGGAUGCUAGCAUACACUGCCACUGUAACUCAACACUGUCAUCUCUGUCUCACGUUUUAAUAAACCCACAACAAAUAUAUGUUAAGGAAUAAAAAUCAAAUAAUGUGAUGAACUUA